AUGCCUACCAUCAUCGGUAAUUCUGCUCCCUGGAAGCAGGUGAGUGAGGAUCGCACCAGCGAGCUUCACGACGGGCAGCAGACCUGCUAUCAAACUGCUGCGAUCUGGGCUCGGGUAACCGGUGAGAAGACCUUGGAUGACAGCAUUCAUGCUUCCGUGCCCACCUGGAAAGGCGAGUCGAACUGGCAAAUCGCUUAUGGGUCCUAUGUCUCCCCUCUAGCUUCGUUUUCCACUGAGGUGAUUCACCACUCGGUUGUUUCCCAGAACUUGACUGAGCCUCACCCUGCUAUUGAAAAUGCCUCUGCCAACUACAGAAAAGUAGCUGCAGCUACCGAAGCCGAUCUCGUUGACAGCUCUGGAGGUGAUGAUGCGAUUGGCAAAAGUGACAAACUCAAUACCCGUGGCAACACCAAUGAUGAUGGCUUCCGUCCUGUUGCUUCUGCUAAGGACUUUAUGAGUUCUUUCCGGGCUUUGCGACUCGCCAAUGCCACCGCCGCCGCUGCCGCUGCCGCUGCCGAGCCUGGCCCUCCCCGUCGCCUACUGUUCAAAAACCUACCCGAGUGGGCGACCAUCUCCCACGUUCUGCACCUCGUCUGGGGUGGUGCUAUCGAGCGUGCCUGGACUGAGAUCUCUGGCGAGGUCAAUGUUCAGUUCACCGAUGCCGACAACUGCAACAGAUAUCUUGAACUGUAUCCCGAGGGCAUACUCAUCAAGGACGGUGAUGAUGUGAUCCAGAUCUCUAUUGAGCUUAUGGAAAAUGACAACGAGCACCGUGAGCUUGCAAGCCGCGUCAGUACUGAUGCCUCGCGUCUCGUGUACCUUUCUGGCCUGCCAACUGCCCUGAUGGGACACAAUGCUGAAUCUAUUCUCGGCAUUGUCUCUCAGCCCAAGUGGAAGAACAAGGAGCUUGAGCAAAUCCUGAUCGAGUAUGGCGCAGAUGGCAAUCUUGAUGUCCAUGUCUUGUUCUUCAACCUCCACGAUGCUUGGGAAUUCUAUCACAACAUCAAGGACGGCACGUACGAGUGCACUCCGAAGUUUGAGGCUGACCCAUGUGCCCUGGCGAAUGAAUUUCAUUUCUUUGACGUGCGCAACGAGAUGUUCAGAGCCAUUGUCGCUGCGAAUGCA